AUGGCAAACGAACGAUGGCCCACCGCAAAGUGUCGUGUGCUGGUGGUCGUGUCGAUAACGCUCACCCUGCUGGUAACGCUUGUCGUGACACUGUCAUCGAGCGGCACAGUGGCACAUCGCGACCCAGCUCACGAUGAUUCACCGCCCGAGUGUAUGGUGGCCUUCGAUCGUGGUCUUGCCGUUGGUACGCGGCGUCAAACGUACGGCGGCAAGACGUACUGUGCCUACGAGGGCAUACCGUACGCACAGCCUCCGGUCGGUAAACUACGAUUUGAGGAUCCACAGCCGUACCACUUCGAGGGGGCUCGGCUGUUUCGGAACGUCUCGAGCGCGUGCCCCCAAGCGUAUGAAGCACCCGCGCAUUUGGAUAAGCUGGAAACGAGUGAGGAUUGUUUGUACUUGAACGUUUACACUGGAAACGAUGCGGCGGCUGGUUCUCUGUGGCCGGUGCUGCUAUGGAUUCAUGGUGGAUCGUUCGUGGUGGGAUCAUCCGAGACGGACAUCUUCGGUCCGGAGUUCCUGGUGGAGAAGGGCAUCAUCGUGGUAACAUUCAACUAUCGCUUGGCUGCGCUCGGCUUCCUUUCACUUCCGGACCUCGGCAUAAAUGCGAAUCUCGGCCUGCUGGAUCAGCUCGAGGCGCUGCGUUGGACCGCUCGCAAUGCCAUCCAUUUCGGGGGCGAUGCGGCACGGGUCACCCUGUGCGGUUGGAGUGCUGGUGCCGCUUCGGUGACGUACCAUCUCUAUUCACCGGCCGCCAAGGGCCUGUUCCACAAUGCGAUCAUCAUGAGCGGCAGCAUGACGCAAUCCUGGGCGUACGCUUUCGAUUCGUACCGGUGUGGGCGCGAGUACCUGCGGACACAUGACGCCACCAGCCGCGAACAGCUACAGUCCCGUCCGCUCGCCCAGCUAAUGGCCACGGAGCGACGAUUUCACAUAAAUUUCUUCUCCCUGUUCUACUACUGCUUCCUGCCGACCGAUGACAGUUAUCGGCCGGAGCCGGACUUACGGAUCGUUGGACGGGAUCCGUUCGCUCGGGUACGCACCGGACCACCGGAAAGCGAUGUCCCGCUGCUGGUCGGUUACACGACGCUCGAGCACGGUAAUCUUUUUCUCGAGCGUGACUUCUCGCACACCUCGCCCAACUUCCCGAACGACAAUGUCACCGUUCACGCGCUGCUGGAAGAUUACCUCGACCGGCGGGCACAGUCCAACAGGUCAACGUCGAGGCGUCGCUUCUACCAGGAGCUAGCAUCGGUGGCGGACAUUAUCUACGGCAUACAGUACUUCACCCGGCACGCAGCGGCCCAUCAACAGGCGCCACUGUAUCGGUAUCUGUUCGCGUACGAUGGGGCAUUCGGGUACGCGAAACACUGGUACUACCGGAACGAGAUAGUGCGCCCGGAUUUGCCCGGACCGAUGCACGGUGACGAGCUGGGUUAUCUGUUCACACCUUACAUCUACCGCGGGCGCCGUUUGCAGGAUAUCGACGGGAAAGCGUAUCGAACGGAACGCCGUGUUCAGCGCCGGAUGCUACGCCUGUGGUGCAACUUUAUCAAAUAUGGAAAUCCGACCCCAGCAUCCCCGAAGGCAGACAACGGCACGAAUGGGCGGCGGGCGGUUCGAUGGUAUCCUUACAAUGAUCCGAUUCCGGAACGGGCACACCACUAUCUGCGGAUCGAUCGGCGGAUUCAGCUGCUGCCGGAAACGGAUGGCGAAAACCCGUUCCAUCAGAUUUGGGAGCGCGUGUUCCGGUGUCUGUACGAGUUCGAUUGUGAAUUCUUAAGUACCGACAAACAGCCGGAGGAUGUUUGA